AUGGCUUCAUGGUAUUAACUCAAGCACUAAUGAAGCUUUCAAAAAAUCCAUUUUAGUCCCUAAAGACCUACUAAUCCAAUGUAUCAAAGUUCCAAACUUUUUCAGUAUUAUCCUUUUUCUCUGCUCCGUUUACACCACAUCAAAACAACAAUCUCUGGCUUUUUACUCCGUUUACCCACCUCCCUUCUUGCACUCCUCCUCCUCUUCCUUUUGGCUUACAAUGGCUUCUCUGUUUUCUAUAUUAAUCUCCCCUUUACCGCCAAAAUUUGCCCGGAACCCGCCAAUAUCUUGCCUGCUAAUCUCACCGGAGAGAAAACUGUCACAAAGUUGCCAUCUUCGGUGAUGUAUGCGGUGAAGGAGGAGAAACCACCUGUGAUUUGGAAGAACCCGCUUCCUCUACUGUCCAAACCCAACUCUUCAACGGUGCCUAUUAGCAAGUCUCUCCGUUCUAGGCGAAAAAGGGGGCGUUUGGAGAGACAGAUAUCGAGGGUUCUGAGUAUAGGAGAUAAAUCAAGGAGGUUUUCGGCUAAAGUGAAGGAAUUUUUCGAGAAUUCAAAGUGUAAGAGUCGGUUCUUCAUGACUUGGAUUUCUUCACUAGAGUCAUUUGGUAAUAGGGAGUUGCUUUCUAUUGAGAGUUUAUUCAAGUCACACCCAAAUGCUUGUUUGCUAAUUGUGUCAAACUCAUUGGAUUCAAGAACAGGAAGAGUGAUUUUGGAUCCAUUUUUGGAUAAAGGUUUCAAAUUGAUCGCCCUUAAGCCUGAUUUUGAUUAUAUAUUCGAGAAUACUCCUGCAGAAUUGUGGUUUAAUCGGUUGAAGAAAGGGAACGUUGAUCCUGGGGAGGUUUCUUUGGGUCAGAACCUCUCCAAUUUGCUUAGACUUGCUUUGUUGUACAAAUUUGGUGGUACGUACAUGGAUACAGAUGUUAUAGUGUUGAAAAGUUUCAAUAAAUUAAGAAAUGUGAUUGGGGCUCAGACAAUCGAUCUUAAAACCAAGAAUUGGAGCAGAUUGAAUAAUGCCGUGUUGAUUUUCGACAAGCAGCAUCCAUUGCUGUAUAAAUUCAUUCAAGAAUUUGCCCUUACUUUCAAUGGAAACAAGUGGGGUCACAAUGGCCCUUACUUGGUUUCAAGGGUUGUGUCAAGGAUUUCCGGCAGGCCUGGGUAUAACUUCACAGUUUUGCCUCCACCAGCGUUUUAUCCAGUGGAUUGGAGUAGGAUUCGGAGUCUUUUCCAGGGUCCAAGGAAUGAAGUCCAUUCAAAGUGGUUGCACCAUAAGCUUGAGAAUAUCCACAGGCAAAGCUUUGCAGUUCACCUAUGGAAUAGGCAGAGUAGGAAGCUUACAGUUCAGGAAGGAAGCAUCAUAGAUCGAAUAAUUUCAGAUUCUUGCAUCUUCUGCAAUUCUUCACAGUCAAGUUUGUAAGUACAUAGAAUGAAGAUGACAAUUUACAAUGUCUUCUUGUUCUUUCCUCUCUUGAAAAUAUUGAUGCUGUUGUUUUCUUGUGGUUGUGGAUUGACUCAGUUCAUUUCUUGUGGUUAUUGUUAAUGAAAAUCAUGAGAAAAU